UAACUUGACUAUCUACAGGGUUUCAGCAUCAUCUAAACAUUAGCCUGCUGAGUAGCUUUUAGCUAGCUUAACUCUCCCCAUAACAGAGCUCAUAGUUAAGAUAAUUUAUGAGUCGCAAAAGAAACCACAAUUUUGCUGAAACUAACCUGUCUCCCCAACUCCACGGCACCUUCAUGGAGCCUCCCGGGUCAGUGGGUCGAGCUGACGGGGAUUUUUUGGAGCUGGAGCCCGACGAGGAGCUCCUCUGCUCGGUCAGCGACAUCACCGAGCACCUUGGUAGAAACAUCACCGUGGUCCUUGAGACAGCGCUGUCUGAGAUCCGCAAAAUGGUGAGCAUCCGGAUAAGAGUCCUGAAAAUGGAGCUGCGCGAGAAAACCGAGGAAAUUGAAAUGUUAAAGACGAGAUUGGAUACAGUUCAGAGGGAUAGCAGGGACCCGUUCCCUGGCGUAACCACCAUGGAGCCAUCUGCAGAGGCUGGCUUCAAGAAACAUGACUUCAGCUCCGGAACCAAGCACAACAACACAGACCCCAGGAGAGCCAAAGCUGUCAUGCCUGGCGUAAAGAAGGAGAAUAUCGACGCGAUCUGUGACUAUCUGAUGAAAGACAAGAACUCGAGGGGUUGUGCUGAAAUGGACGGGGAUCACAGCAGUCAAGCCAAUGGUGACAGGGAGGCUCGCCAAGAACCGGACCCGCAUUCCCUCACCCUGUGGCCGGACAGCGGGAUGGCCGGCUCUGGGCCUGUGCACGGAGACUCCGAGUCCACUGCAGAUGACAUCUUCAGUAUGCUCCCCUCUGGCAGCAAACGGAUGUAUGACUACGAGUGGAUAGCACCAAUGGAAUAUACUUCAGACCUGAAAGUCUUGAAGGAGCCAAACUGUGAGAAUACCCGGAUCAGGGAGACAGAAGACGAGAAUGAAGAUGAAUCGUCCAGGAGGGAGGAGGGGGCACUGGAGCAGGCCCAGGCUCCUCUCUCACACGUCCAGCCCUCUGAGUUCUCCAUGGAGCCCCAGAGUUCUCCAGGCGAGGGAGGAAGUCCGCUGGAGGGCAACACAGACCGGCCUGAGGGAGGCCAGCAGUUUUCCAGCCACACUUACAUCUGCUCACUGUGUGGCACCUUCUGUCCUGACUCUGUGUUCCUGGAGGAACAUGUCAAAUUGAUACACUCGGACUCUGCUGGUGCUCAGGCUCUCCAGGCCCUGCAGUCCACCUCCUCUGCUGCAACCACCACGGGAGAUGGCAGCAGUGAUUCCAGGAGGGCUGGGGGCGGUCAAAACGAGGGAAGCACAGGACUUGGGUCUGGCGUGAGCGUCAGUCGAGGAGUCGGGCCUAUGAAAAAGGAAAUUAAAAUUGAGGGGGGUUAUGAGUGUGGUGACUGUGGCCGCCAUUUUAACUACCUUGGCAACCUGCGACAGCACCAGCGCAUUCACACUGGAGAGAAGCCUUUUAUGUGUCCAGAGUGUGGAGAGAGGUUCCGCCAUGCAGCUCGCUUAAAAAGCCACAGGCUUAUCCACAGCGGUGCCCAGAGCCCCUUCCCAUGCCCCCAGUGUGGGAAAGGUUUCUCAGUGCUGUCGGGACUCAAGAGACACCAGCGAGUGCACACUGGUGAGAGCCCUUAUGCCUGCCCUCAAUGUGGCAGACGCUUUAAAGAGCUGGGGAAUCUGUACACCCACCAGAGGAUCCACAGUGGCGCCACGCCUUACUGCUGCCAGCAGUGUGGACGCAGCUUCCGCCACUUGGGCACCUACAAAAGCCACCGCUGCACCCCAGCGCAAUAGACAGCCUAACUGCCUCACCCUCUGCUACACUCAUUGCCAACUGGUACUGUAAAAUCCAAGGUGUUCGUCAAAGACGAGACCUGGUGCGGAGUCUGAUGUGUUUGCUCUUUCUGUGACUGUUUAAUGAUGUUGUGGGAGGUGCUGGUCAUGUCGAGAACAGAGGUGGUUUUCUGUGAUGCUGGCCAAGCAUUCAUGUUGCGUCACAUUCAUAACAUCGCUCCCCUGCUCCAGGCAUUAAGAGGCGCUGUAUCAUUGAGCUUCAAACUUCAUGUGUUGAUGGAGACUGCAGUGAACGGCUGAAUGCUCUGGAAAAAGUUUGCUGCCUUGAGGUGCAAUUAUAUAUUUUUUUUAAACGUUUUGAAAAAUUCCAUCAGGUGUCAUGUGAGAAGUGACUGUGUGCAUACAGUGCUGAGUAAAGUAUUGCCUCCAUUGCAGUUACCUUCUUUUUUUUGCGUAUUUGUCUCAAUAAAAUUCAUCAUCAAACCAAUUUUAAUAUAAAUAAAAGAUAACUCCUUAAAACACAAAAUGCAGUUUUAAAAUGAUGAUGUCAUUUAUUGAAGGAAAAUGCUGUUCAGCCUUGCCUUGUCCUAUGUGAAAAAGUAAGUAGCUACCAAUCUAUCAAAUGGCCAAAUUCAUAUAUGAUUACUGCCAGACUUGUUCAAUCUAAACAUCACUAAGUAGAACCUGUCUGACACUGUGAAGUAGCUAAAGGGUCUCAAAAAGCAUCACAUGAUGACACGUACUAUCAGGAACCGAUUAGAAACAAAGUCAUUGACAUCAGUCUGGAAAGGGUUACAAAGUCACUGCUAAGGCUCUGAUACUGAGAGACAUUAUCCACAAAUGGAAAAAAAAACAUGGAACAAUGAUGAACCUUCGUAGCAGUGGGCGGCCUACCAACACUUCUCCAAGAGCGUGUCGAUAUCUCAUCCAGGAAGUCACAGAAAAACCCAGACGAGCAUCAAAAGAACUGCAGACCUCACUGUCCUCAGUUAAGGUCCGUCUACAUCCACCCAUCAGUUCAUGAGAAUGACCCAAAACGCACCAGCAAGUCCACCAGUGGGGGCUCAAAAAGGGUAAAAUUAAGGUUUUAGAUUGGGCAAGUCAAAGUUCAGACUUGGAUCUAACUGAGAUGCUGACGCAAGACUAUAAAAUGGCAGUUUAUGAUUAAAUACCAUCUAAUGUGACCAAAUUAAAAGUAUUCUGCAGAGAAGACUGGACCAAAACUCCUCCAUGGUGAUGUAAAAUACUGAUUACAAAGGAAUGUUUGACCGCAGUUGUUGCUGCCAAUGGUGACCCAACCAGUUAUUAGGUUUAGGGGCAAUUACUUUUUCAAGGGGGUGAUACAGGUUUUCAAUAAAUCUUUAAUAAACCAUCAUUUAAAAACUGCAUCUUGUGUUUUGUGUGUUAUCUCUGUCUAAUAUUAAAUAAAUAUAAAUAUUAGUUUGUUGACAUGAAACAUUUAAGUGUGAGAAAUAUGCAGAAGUUGAACACAUCUGUAAAUACUUUAUUACAGCACUGUAGGUCAGGACAGCAUUAUUAUGAGGAGAUGUGGCACCACUGUGGUAAAAUUGACAUAUAUUCACAUGCACUGAUCAGCCAAAUAUAUUUGGAAGAGAAAAAGUAAACAGUAAAAUUAUGACCCAAACACAGACCAACUUCCUGCUCUUGCCUUACAUUAAUUCACUGUGCUUUUUUGCAGUUGAAGUGGAUUUGAUGUUCUGGAUAAGCCACUGGAUUCUUUGCUAAGACUGCAAUUAUCUUCUAAGUUGCUUUGAACCAUUUUCUACACUAUACUACAGCAUGCUUGUGGUCUGAAAAUCAGCUUAAAAUGGACAUGACAGGUCAUUUCUGAAAGCAAACACCAUAAUCAGAUUUAAUUUGUGUACGUUCCGUUAUUGUUGAGUAAUCGUGAUGGUUAAACACUCACUAUUCUUAAAAAGUGCCUGAUUAAUUUAGCUCCGCUCUUUCACGAAAAUCCGCCAUUUUGGUCAGGUUCAUGAGAGAAUCGGGUAUAAAAACUUUCAUUUAAACAUCCAAAACUACUACAGACAAGCAUCACGCACUUUUACAUAUUUUUAGCCGCUGAACUUGACAUGUUUCCGAGGCAUGUUUUCUCCAAAGACUGGCUAAAUCGUCUUUUGAUGAAGUUGUUACGUUAGCGCAAUUAUUAGCAAUAUCUGCAAAACCGACUAGGGAAUAGGGGGACAGCUAAAUGACGAUUGACAAACAGAAGAGGACAAUAGUCACCAGGAAUUAAAAAAUUGUUGGCCGUAUCACUUCCACUGCUGUCUCAAAUCCGCGAGGACUCAACAAAAUAGAGAGCUAACAUUUUAGAACUUGAUAGCUUACAUGAAAAAAUCAAAAAAUGAUACGCAGUUGCAAUUUUUCUACAACAUUUAGGCCUAACCGUGUACGUUCUACUAAAAUACCAACCCUCAAAUAAGGAGUUUUUGCCGGGUAAAGCUAUUUCCCUGUAAGAAUGAGUAUGAGAAUGGUCUCUUCUGGGGGAGGCACAGCUAAUGUGACUACAAAAAUGAUUAAACUACUGCAUUCACCGGUAAACCUGGUGAGCCUGACAGAAUCUGUGUCUAAAAUGUGUAGAGUAGCACAAACAGAUUGUGCUCAUCUAGUGCCCUAAUGGACAAGGUCAUUUGCAUUGAAGUCCCUUUAUGAUAAAUUCAUCAGGGUACUUACUUGAUUGCAUGUUAUUACACUGAAUGGGUGCCAGUAAAGUAGGAAAAAUAACAAAAACACAGUCUGGUGUGAAAAGAAAAUGGUUGAAAGUGGACUUGGCUAUCACAUCUGCUUCAAUAAAGUUGAACAUUUGACCUCGACAUAUAUCGUUCAAGCACAUCAGGACCUCCCAUACAGAGACAGUGGCAUAUAACUGUGAGAACUGUGAAUAGAUGUAGGGUCAGCAUUCAUUCAUCUAACCUCACUGUGGCGCUGGAGUACUGGGGCAGUGUCGCCUACAUGUGGUCCAUCUGUGCAACUGCAACUAAAGUGAUUUGCUGGUCAUACUGCUGACAGUAUUUCAUUAUGAUAAUGCUUGGUGCAAUGUGGAGAACAGCAUUUUCAACAUAUAAUUUUAAACCAGUGUAAUCUAAUGUUACCGACUAUAUAUUGGUUAUUUUAUGUUUGUCUGUAUGAUGACAAAAAGUUGUAUAAUGGCAUAAAUUGCCAAAAACCCGGUGUCUGGUUUGUUUAUUCAGUUUGUGUGAAGCAGUAAAAGCCCACUACAAAGAUAACCCUCUCUGUUUAAGUUAGUUUGAAACAUGAAAUAGAAGACUGAGCUUGUGACAAAACUAAGAAAACAACUCAUCAAUACCUGUGGAAGUGAAGCGCUAACCACUGACAGUCUGCUUUCUAAUAAACAGCUCAACAAAUGACAGCAGUAAAAUGUAACUAACUUGAUGAUAUGUCAAUUUCUUUUUUAUUUACUAUUUGAUUACAUUUUGACAUUUGUUCAUUUUGGAUCUGACCAUUACAAAAAUAAACAGGGAAAAACCA